AGUUCUUCCACAGCUACUCUGGAUCAAGGAAUCAGGAACCAUGAUACCUCUCUCUGUCUCUUCCAGAUCUGUAUAAAACCAGGGUUUCCAAAGACGAAUCUCCCUGGAUUUUUCAUCACCAAUUCCUGUAAAUUUCGAUUCGAAUUCGAUUUUUUUGGUAUCUUUAACUCGUUUUGAUGUGUAAUUUUCUUCGAUCAUUGUCUGUGUGCAAUUCAUAAAUGGAGACUCAGAGGAUCGUAGAAUUUCCUCACAAAAACAUGGAUAAGCGCCCCAGGAAGAGACCUCGCUUGACGUGGGACAUGGCAGCUCCUGUUCCCCUACCUUCCAAGGUCCUUCCACCAAUAUAUUGUGGGCACGAGUUUGGGAAUGGGGCAGUUCCCAAUUAUGCUUAUUCUUCUAUAUAUUACAAGCCCCUCAAUGGAUCACCUCCUUGGAGACCAGAUGAUAAAGAUGGGCAUUUUGUUUUUACCAUUGGAGAGAACUUAACUACUCGUUGUAAGUUCGCAUUGAUAAUCUUCAAAUAUUGUCAUCAUUUUUUUGUUGACAGGAUUCUGAGUAAAAUGGGUGAAGGGACUUUUGGGCAAGUCUUGGAAUGUUUAGACAAUGAAAAGAAAGAGAUUGUAGCAAUUAAAAUUGUUCGUUCAAUAAACAAGUACCGCGAAGCUGCCAUGAUUGAAAUUGACGUCCUACAGAAACUUUCCAGGCAUGAUAUUGGUGGCACACGUUGUGUGCAAAUACGGAAUUGGUUUGACUAUCGUAAUCAUGUUUGUAUUGUAUUUGAGAAGCUUGGACCAAGCUUAUACGAUUUUCUCCGCAAAAACAGCUAUCGUUCAUUUCCAACUGAUCUUGUUCGGGAGUUUGGCAGACAACUUUUGGAAUCUGUAGCAUUUAUGCAUGAUUUACACCUGAUUCAUACAGAUCUGAAACCAGAAAACAUACUUCUUGUUUCAUCAGAAUAUGUUAAAGUGCCAGAUUAUAAGCUUCUAUCACGAUCUACUAAAGAUGGUUCAUUUUUCAACAAUCUGCCAAAGUCAAGUGCUAUUAAGCUAAUUGAUUUUGGGAGUACUACUUUUGAACAUCAGGACCACACCUACGUGGUGUCAACGCGUCAUUAUCGUGCACCAGAAGUUAUUCUAGGUCUUGGAUGGAACUAUCCUUGUGACUUGUGGAGCGUGGGUUGCAUACUUGUUGAACUUUGCUCGGGUGAGGCCCUUUUCCAAACACAUGAGAACUUGGAACAUCUAGCUAUGAUGGAGAGGGUGUUAGGGCCACUGCCACAGCAUAUGAUUAUUAGUGCAGACCUUCGUGCUGAGAAAUAUUUCAAGAGGAGUGCACGCUUGGAUUGGCCAGAGGGUGCAAGCUCCAAAGAAAGUAUGAGGGCAGUUUGGAAACUACCCCGCCUACAGAACUUGAUAAUGGAACAUGUGGAUCACUCUGCUGGUGAUAUUAUUGAUCUUUUGCAAGGGCUUCUGCGUUAUGACCCAGCAGAGCGGCUCAAAGCAAGGGAAGCUCUUGGACAUCCCUUCUUCACCAGAGAGAUGAGAAGUUGUGGCUAUCCCUUCUAACUGGAUCUUGUCUAAUGCUUUCAUGAGUGUAAGUGAUUACUCAUCAAGCAAAAAGUUUAAAGAAAACGAAGAUGAAAAUUCGACACCAUUCAAUAGUUUUUGACCGACGACAUCAUUUCUUUUGUGCUGCUUGUUACUGCUGUUUCUGUAUAUAAGUGUAUACCCUUCUUUCUCGUUUCUCCUUAUCUCCUCCCGUCUUUUUUGUCGGUUUCCUCUUAUACUACUAACGUAUUUGGACUGAAUUACCCAAAAAGUCUGUUGCAUUCCAUUGAUGAAGAAGUUAUUUAGUCAAUAAUUUGUUAAAAUA